AUGGUCCCAGGUAUUCAUACACCGAAAUCACCCCAAUUCAUUCUAUACAGCUAUGCUUACUAUACAUUAACCUCCAAUGUUCACUUUGCAGGAGGAGCCUCCAUUGAGGUCUACAGAGCCACCUCCAAUGACACCGAUUCAGACAUCUCCAAUCACACUGACACAACCGUCUCCAGCAACGCCGGCGCAGCCCUCUCCAGCGACGCCGGCGCAGCCCUCUCCAGUGACGCCGGCGCAGCCCUCUCCCGUGACACCAACACAGUUAACACAGCCAUCUUCAAUGACGCCGACGCAGCCAUCUCUAAUGACACCUAUACACUCCUCUCCAUUGACACAACUAACACAGCCCUCGCCAAUAACGCCCACGCAGCCAUCUCCAAUGACACCUAUACACUCCUCUCCAUUGACACCGACACAGCUAAUACAACCAUCUCCAAUGACCCCGACGCAGCCAUCUCCAAUGACCCCGACGCAGCCAUCUCCAAUGACCCCGACGCAACCUUCUCCAAUGACCCCGACGCAACCCUCUCCAAUGACCCCGACGCAACCCUCUCCAAUGACCCAGACGCAACCCUCUCCAAUGACACCAACGUAACCUUCUCCAAUGACACAGCCAUCUCCAAUGACCCCGACACAGCCAUCUCCAAUGACCCCGACACAGCCAUCUCCAAUGACCCAGACACAACCCUCUCCAAUGACCCCGACACAACCCUCUUCAAUGACCCCGACACAACCGUAUCCAAUGACACAGACGCAACCUUCUCCAAUGACCCCGACGCAGCCUUCUCCAAUGACCCCGACGCAGCCUUCUCCAAUGACCCCGACGCAGCCAUCUCCAAUGACCCCGACGCAGCCAUCUCCAAUGACACCGACGCAGCCAUCUCCAAUGACACCGGCCUUGUCAUCUCCAAUGACGCGGCCUUGGCCAUCUCCAAUGACCCGGCCUUGGCCAUAUCCAAUUCACCGGCGCGGCCUGUCCAAUGA